GGAAAACAUACCAUCCAGUAGUAACCUCCAUUAACUGAUGCGACCCAGCCAAUCUUUUUGUACAAUAUUUUCGCGCGCCCCUCUUCACGAUCAUUUCCGACACUGCACGCACUUUCACGUACUGCUGCUGCUCAUCUACAUACCUCGAUCAAGGCAACUCAGUAACACAAGGAAUUGGUUUCUUUGCAAUUUUGAAGACAUCCGCCUUCUCAUCAAUUGAAUCAUCACCUGCAGCUUAAGCUUACCUAGCUCGGUCCCCUCAUCCGCCGCGCCAAUAGGCGCCCUGUAAGAGGUCCGAGUCCACCCAAUCACCUCGUGGCUCCGUCCAGUUUCCUCGCCAACCCAACUUUGUGAAGCGAACUUUACCGGGCCUUUGGAAUCCCACCACCACCACCAACGAACGUACUUUCAACCCAAAGCACAUACUCGAUAUCGACCGGCUCCAUGUCAAGAGGCGAGAAAAUGACUACAAUUGUUUCUAAAAGACAAUCGGAUGCAGUGGCCGACAAAGUCCUGAGGAGGGCCGAGCUGGGCAAGAUUGCCUCGAGACUGCAAAAUCGACUUGCACUAGCAAAAUUCAAGACUACCCAUGGACUGGAAGACCUCACACUCGACUGCCUCGAGCCUAAAUUCGAGGAGGAGCGGAGGAGGAGACAACAGAUGCUUGAGAGCGAUGUCCUCUCCGACUCUUCAUCGAGUGCCUCAGAUCUGCCUUACCCAUCAAGGACGCUGAUGAGCUCUCCGUUCAAAGCCGCCGCAAUAUUUUCCGAUGCAAUCGGUUCCAGCAACGGGAGCAGUGCCGGCUAUCAUCGUAAACGCACAUAUAACAUGGCCUCAUUUGACCAUGCCGCAUCCAGCCCGAGCAAGCGCUUCCGGUCCUCGCCAACAGCGCAUCGGUCUUCAUUUGGCGCACAUGGCUUUGACGUCUUGUAUCACGGUAAUAGCAGCGCGGCAUGGAGGGAACAGCAUCUCCUUGCGCAGUCUUCGCCAAUCAAGCCUAGGCGGCAGCAGCACUUCACCACCUCGACAGGACCAGAUGUUGCGCUUUUCAAAGGCUCGCAUCGUAUCUCAGAAGCCCUGGCUACAUCACCGCCACCGCAGAACUUUGCAGCUUUGUCAGAUGAUGAUGACGACCUACUUCCGGCACAUUCGUUCAUGCGACCCGGGGGCUCCAAACACUCCCGUGCAGCAUCACCACCACGGACACCGCCAAUGCGCAAUAGGUCGUUGAAUCGCAAGUCUAGGGAGGCCAACAACAUAUUCGGCAACGAAAUUUUGAAGAACGGCAACGAGAAGACUGGCGAAGAAGGCGCCGAUCUUCUACUUUACCUGGCAGCUUCUCCAUCUCCGGCGAACCCAGGCACCAAACGCAUGAACCGAAUGGACCCGCCAUCAACACCACCACCAAAGUCAGCCAGCCUGGCAGGUGCACUUGCCUUGCCGUCCUCCAUGAUGACCACACCAGGUGGGGGCUCCUUGUUCCCCGCAACGCCUUCGCAGACCUUUGACUUUGCGGACUUUGUGAACAUCACGCCUAGUCCAGCACCAACGCAGAAGGCAUGGCGAACCCCCGUGGUACUGGGCGGGGGCAGGACCCCUUUGAGUGUGACACGGAAACGUCUUACAUUUGACGACUGUUGACAAGCGUCUGUCUCGUCUUGGCAUAUUUGGCCCUCUCUAUUUUGAUCUCGUCUGGCUGGUUAGUCUAGUCCGUCGGACUCGACUCAUCACCAUCCCUAUCUUUUUAUGUCUCAAAUGAUUACUGGCAAUGACCAAUACCCACCAAACCUGGUGUCACUCGGCAGGUUCUAUCUCAUGCUUCACAGAGUAUAUGCUCUAGUCACUGGACUGCUAUCGAAGCAGUCACUCACCACAUCAUUCCUGUCUUUAUGUUUGUUAUCUUUACUAUGGUGUUCAUUCGGCAUUGCUCAGCGAUCUCUGUUAUUUUCCUCUGCAACUUGUUUAUUUUUCUUCUUCUCUUUGUGUUCCUUUUGCUUUUUUUUUUUUUUUUUUUUUUUGCAUUGUACAUGCGGCAAAGCUACUUUUGGAAUCAAUGGGUCCUGAUUUCGGUCUGGUAAAGCAGGGAGUCGGGAGGGAGUUUGGCUGGAGGGUUUUCUGUUGCGUUUAAUUGGUCGUCAUGCGCGCGAGUUUAGUCGCGACUUUUCUUCAACACACCCGCGACUUUUCGUGUCGCUGGGAAAACCCGCGUCAUUUGCGCGUCGAUUCAUGGUGUGUAAUUCCGGGCGAUAGACCAAUCAGAUCUGUUCAAAACCCUGCAUACCGGGCCGAGUGAGAUGGUGUACUACGUAAUAAUAUCGAUGUGCUAUUAUUGGCUACAGUACAAAUUAGCGUGUGCCUGGGUACGUACCUACCUUAGUACCUAGGUACCUACCUUGCC